GGCGUGCACCGCAGAAAACCCUUACUAAACCCUUAGGUUACUUUCAUACAACCACUGUUUAUAAGCUCAUCCGCACUUUUAGCCUACACACGGAGUUCUGACGUUCGAUCUAAACGUAGUUCCUUCGUUGGAAUUAGACUGUUGAUUCAACGUUGUUGGAGAGCUGGGUUUGAAUUCCUGCAUUUUCUCCCGCAAGAUUGUGUUUGAACCUUUACUGUUCCGAACCCUCAAGUCUUGGAGUCAAAACGUAGGAGGGAAAGGACAAGAAAAAGCCAAAAAGGCUAUCUGAAACAUGCUCUCCUUGUUGUGCCUCAUGCUGUUUGUUCCACGUGUGUUCUCCUCAUCGACACCAGUGGCUGUAAUCUUCCCCCAGGACCCGGCGUUGCGGAUGGGCUCCAGCCUGACGGCCACGUGCACAGUGAGCCCCGAGCGGGGGCUGCAUGCCAACACUAUGUACUGGACCAUGAACGGGAAGAGACUCCCUAGUAGCACGUACGACCUGCUGAGCCCCAACUGCCUCAGUGUCACUCUGCACCACCUCAAUGGCUCCCAGCAACAGUCUGGGGACAACCUGGUGUGUCACAGCGGAGAUGGACAUGUCCUGGCUGGCUCCUGUCUCUACGUGGGCAUGCCCCCGGAGAAGCCGGUCAACCUAACCUGCUGGUCCCGAAACACAAAGGACCUGAGCUGCAAGUGGACCCCUGGGGGUCGGGGCGAAACCUUCAUCAAAACCAAAUACACCCUCAAGUACAAAUUGAGGUGGUACGGGCGAGAGAGGGAAUGUGAGGACUACAGCACGGGGCAACGCUACACGUGUUAUAUCCCCCGGGACUUGGCCCUCUUUACUCCCUACGAGAUCUGGGUGGAGGCGUCCAAUCAGCUAGGGACUGCCACCUCUGAUGUCAUCACUCUGGAUAUCCUGGAUGUGGUGACCACAGACCCUCCAGACAACGUCCAUGUGAGUCGUGUGGGGGAGCUUGAGGACCAACUGACAGUGCAUUGGGGCAUCCCCCCGGCACUCAAAGACUUCCUCUUCCAGGCCAAAUACCAGAUACGCUACCGACUGGAGGACAGCACUGAAUGGAAGGUGGUGGACGAUGUAGGUAACCAGACAUCGUGCCGGCUAGCGGGGCUAAGGGCAGGGACGGUGUACUUUGUCCAGGUGAGGUGCAACCCAGUGGGGAUCUACGGCUCCAGGAAGGCUGGGAUCUGGAGUGACUGGAGCCACCCUUCAGCUGCCUCCACGCCCCACAGUGAGCGGCUGCAGAGUGGAUCAUGUGAGCCCAAGCCAGGCGAACAGAACUCCACCCUGCGACGGGAGCUCAAGCAGUUCUUUGGCUGGGUUCGCAAACACGCCUAUGGCUGCAGCGGCAUGUCAAUCAAACUCUACGACCAGUGGCGGGUGUGGCUGCAGAAAUCGCAUAAAACGCGCAACCAGGUAGAUUCUAUAAGGCGAUAAAUCAUAACACAUCCUAAACAUCAUUGAAAUAUUUAAGCAACAUUCACAACAGCAACUGAGAAACUGUCAGAAGGCCACUUUGAGGCCUCUCGGUGAAAGCGAUCCAACACUGGAUAUUCCAGCAUUUGGUCACACACAACAACUCUUCUUUGUAGGAAUCCAUGUGGAACAGAAAAAGACCUGAUGCAAGACGCCAGCGUGUUACACUGCUGUCUGCAGCCCUGGAUUAAAAUAGAGUGGAAUCCCAUCUCUGAGAACUUCUCCUCUCCAUCCCCUCCUCUCCACACAAACACACUCUUACACUCACAUCUCCUGGGAGUGCCAAAGUGGAGAGCCUUUUUCUUAGCACAUUUCAGACCAAGGCCCUCUGAUCGCUGAGUGGGAGCAUGGAAAAGUUUCUUAAUGUAGCAUUAGUAUGUGCUCGACUCAGAUGGCCAUAAAUCAUCUUACAGACUACCGUCAGAUCAGACACAUAGUGGCCACCAUCACAGGCUUUUACCACAGACACAAGGGUAUUAUGCAAUCUUGCUGGAAUGUCAUAUACAGUAUAAAGAACUUCACUAAUUCAGCUCCUGUUCUGGAAACUCAAUCACAGAACAUUUGUCAGAAUUCAAUAAGAUGAAGGUAUUUUCAUAAUGUAUUUCCAUUCUAGCAACUUUAAUAGCCACACAGUUAUCUAAGCCACACUAUAUAUAAACAAAAGUAUGUGGACACCCCUUCAAAUUAGUGGAUUCGGUUAUUUCAGCCACACAGGUAUAAAAUGGA